GUGGACGUUUCUGUGCCGUUGUUGUCUAUUUUUACGAAUUUCAUUUUGGUUUUGGGAAAUUUAGAGUUCCCUCCAUCGAUUUUAAUUUAUUUACAGACACUUCGACUCAUGAGUUAUUACGUCCUUGGUUUUGGGAAAUUUAGGUUUUCGGAUUUUAUUUUACAGGCACAGACACUUCGACUCAUGAGUUAUUACCUCCUUGAUUUCAUUCCCCUGUUAUGGGUUGACUGAACAAUAAAAACCAACCCCUUUGAUUUUUGGGGGUUCGUGCUACCCAAUUCCCGUUCUACUUCUACCAGAAGAAAAAUAUUGAGUGACGAGAGAACUUUGAACCAGCACUCCACCUACUCGUCAGUCUAAAAUGCGUGUGGAGCUUGUUACGAGGUAGGAACAAUACUCUCUCCUUCCGCUCUCUCCUCACUCUGUCAGUCUUCAAGUAGAACACCAGAAUCCAUCCAACCAAUUAACUAAAAAGAGAGACAGGAGAUUUCUUCAUCGACCCAUAAAACCCCAAGUGCCUCUCAUUCUCUACCGUGGCACAUUAUCGCCGGACUCGAAUUUCCUGCAAUGACGCCCACCGGAGUUUUCGCAGGGGUGUUCCUCCUGUUGGCUCUCUACUGUGGAAUCGACCCUUUUAAGCACAGUGCCAUCUCCAGCUUCCCUGAUUUUGUAGCUCACAAGAUUGAUUUGCCACCAUGGUCAGAGAUUCCGGUCGAGAGGGACACUCAAAAUCUGUUGCAGAAAGCCGAGAUUAAGUUUCUGAAUCAGGUUCAAGGUCCAGAAAGCGUCGCCUUCGACCCGCUCGGUCGGGGACCUUACACUGGAGUUGCCGACGGUCGGAUUCUUUUCUGGAACGGCAACUCCUGGACUAGUUUCGCUUAUACUUCCCCAAAUAGGUCAGAACUGUGUAGUCCAAAGCCAUCACCUCUUAGUUACGUGAAGAAUGAACACAUCUGUGGUCGGCCAUUGGGGCUUAGGUUUGACAAGAAAACAGGGGACUUGUACAUUGCUGAUGCAUAUUUUGGGUUGAUGAAGGUGGGAGCAGAAGGUGGUUUGGCAACACCACUUGUGACUCAGGCAGAAGGGGUUCCAUUGAGGUUUACUAAUGAUUUGGACAUUGAUGAUGAAGGAAAUGUGUAUUUUACAGAUAGCAGCAUCAAAUACCAGAGGAGGAACUUUAUGCAUCUGGUUUUCUCGGGGGAGGAUGAUGGGAGGCUUUUGAAAUACAAUCAAGUAACAGGAGAAACCACUGUUCUUCUACGGAAUCUGCAGUUCCCGAAUGGGGUGUCCAUGAGCAAGGACGGGUCCUUCUUUGUCUUUUCCGAAUGUAGUGUUGGCACGUUAACGAGAUACUGGUUGAAAGGUGAGAAAGCACGAUCUUCAGAGAUAUUUGCUACCUUACAUGGAGCUCCAGACAAUGUAAGAACCAAUGAGAAUGGUGAAUUCUGGGUGGCAAUCCACUGUCGUCGCUCUAUGUACGCCUAUAUUACUGGCCUCUACCCCUGGCUGAGGAAAUUUAUGCUGAAGCUCCCAAUUUCUGUCAAAUCUCACUAUCUACUGCAGAUUGGUGGCAAGCAGCAUGCAGUGGUUGUCAAAUACAGUGCUGAGGGGAAAAUACUGCAGAUAUUGGAGGACAGUGAGGGGAAGGUGGUCAAAGCAGUUAGUGAAGUUGAGGAGAAGGAUGGUAAACUGUGGAUUGGGAGUGUCUUGAUGCCGUUUAUGGCAGUCUACCAGUUGAACUGAACAACAGACCGAUCCACUUGUCUGAUGUUAUAGAGAUACUGAGGUGGUCUUAUUUCUCAUAUGUACUUCUAGCAUGUUGCCUGCACUUGCAUUUGUUUUUUGUUUACUUUUGUGGAGGAACGUACAGAACAUAUAACCCAUUCUGCUUCCUAGUUUUGUGUAAUUCCUUCUUUUGCCGUGUUUGGCAUGCGAAGAGAAUUUGUUCGAAUGGUUUUUAUGAUUUGAAGAAUCACUUUUAAUACUUGAUA